GGCAGCGUCUUUCACCCGCUGGCUAUUGUUAAAUGAAAAUUUCACAACUUUUGCACAGCCUUGCGCUCCCAAUUUACGCGCAUCGCCCCCUUUUUGUAUCUAAUACGGCUAGAUAUAUUUUAUCUUUACGCGCGUACACAAAUGAAAGAAAAAGAUACACAGAACGGCCUCGUAAAGUUCGCUGUUCUCGAUGGAAAAAUACAAGCGACGCGUUCGAGAGCAUAGGAGGCCUCGAGACCGUCGGAAAUUUUGGACAAGAAUCGUAUUCAAGGUUGAACGGAAGCUCGUCGCCCCUAUGUAAUAGAAAUUUCUUAGGUUUGACAACACUGGUUACGUUCGAGCCGCCUGUGCCUGCCGAUGAAUACGGGGCGCUGCUCGAAGACCUCGUUACGUGUUACGGAUGUUUAGAAGGCAUUUGCCGGCCACAUGUCUCUCCGUGGAAUGUAACUGUCUGCACAACAAUAAACCGGAAGUUGCAAGGUACGGAAGGUUUUCCUAGGACAAAAGACCGUCCGAUACAAGAAAUCGAUGUCUCCCUACCUGAGUUUGCAAGUUCUGAAAUUCCAAAAUAUUAUAGCGAUAUCUUGAACUCCUUUUCUCGGAAUCCGUUCUUUUUCAAAUUUCGACUAACCGGUGAUGUCACGUAGUACACGUCGUUCCCGAACUGUAUGAUCCAAGAUACGCCACGUACCGCGUGUCAUAAAUGCCAUUUAGGAGGAAACAGUAGAAUUCCAUUGGGCGUCGGUCAAGGUCAUACGCGUCGAACGAAGGGGAUCGAUUAACGAAGAAUUACGCGCAUCCAGGGGCCGUCAGAUGUUUGCAAAUUGAAAUAUACAGUUCUUACUGCUGUAAUGACGAUCCUAUGGCCGUGCGUAUUCAACCGAUCGUUUGAUGCACACGAAAUUACAGGAUCCCGAGAUGCGGUUAAUCAGAAUUUCUUUGAUCGCAGAACGCACGCCGGAGUCCUCUUACCGGUUCCUUCAGGUAGCUGAGAGAGCGUGCGCUUCGGAAAAACAGAAGCUUGAGGAACUAGCAGAAAUUAACGUAUUUGUAACAAUAAGUAAAACACAUGCAAUUAUCCGAAAAAUGCGCUUGUUUCGAUUGUAUUUUCUCAAAAAAUUAUCGCUCUCUUGACAGUA